UGACAUCACAAAUAUCAAUUGAAAGAAAAAUUGACUCAAAAAAUCUGAAAGUUCAAACCAAACCAGAUAGAACUCCUCGUCUCCUUUUCUUUUUUCUCCGAAGCAAAAUAUACAAAUUCUGCAAGUGACAAGCAGUAUACUGUAACUUUAAGACAUUAAAAAAAAAAAAGGAUCAUACUUUAUAAUACAUCAAAAUAAACUUAUUCGCAAUAUAAGAGAAGAAAUUUUGUUGAGAAAUAUUACUAUGUUUUGACAUUAGCUGGUAUUUGUAGUUGAUACAUAAUAGGUUUUUUUAUUUUUUAUUUUUAAAAUUCAGUUGAUACUUAUAGUUAGUAUUUCCCUCGUAUUUGACAAUAGAACAAUUAGAUAAAAAUGAAGAGAAAUUGCAGGAAAGAAAGCAGCCCUUUGCCUAACCCAAUAAUUAAAUAGCAAAGUAAAAAAGAAAAGAAAAGAGAUUUCCACUUUUUCCUUUUCUUUUGCCAGAAAAUCCUUUCCCUUAAUCCAACAAAAGAAAAAAAAAGCUCCAAUUACAGGAAGUUGAAUAUCGAAAUGGUCUCAGCUUUGAGUUAAAUGGGUACUGAACACUGAUUAAUACUUUACUUGGGAGAAGGACAAUGUACGGAUCAGGAGGAGAAGCAUCAUCUUCAUCAUCAACAUCAACAUCAACUUUGGACAUUUUGCGGAGAUGGAAAGAAAUUCAAUAUUCACUUGAGCAAAAAUUGAUCUUGGAGGACGAUGUUCCGUGGAAGCUACCCGCAUCGUCGUCUUCUGAAGCAGAAGAUGAUAAAGAACAGGUCUUGAAGUAUGUUGGUGGUGUUGACGUGAGUUGUUUGAAAGAAGAUCAAUCAAUUGCUUGUGGGACACUUGUUGUUUUGGAUUUUUUCACUGGCAAAGUUUUGUACCACGAUUCUGCUUAUGUCAAGCUUGAUGUUCCUUAUAUUGCUGGUUUUCUUGCCUUUCGAGAGGCUCCAGUACUUGUACAGCUACUUGAAAAGAUGAAAAAUGAUAAUAACCCGCAUUACCCACAGUUAGUAAUGGUUGAUGGCAACGGUGUACUUCAUCCGCGAGGCUUUGGCUUGGCUUGUCAUCUAGGAGUUCUCGAAAAUCUUCCCACCAUUGGGAUUGGAAAGAAACUGCAUUGUGUAGAUGGUCUUACUAAAAAGGGGGUUACAAAAUGUCUUCAAGCUGAAGAAAGUAGUGGUGAAAGUUUUAUUACUUUGACAGGACGCUCUGGGCGGAUAUAUGGAGCGGCAAUGAGGUCAACUGAGGGCUCAGUGAAACCUAUAUUCAUUUCAAUUGGUCACCGUGUAUCACUUGACACUGCCAUCAAAAUUGUUAAAAUGAGUUGCAAAUAUCGUGUGCCAGAACCUAUUCGGCAGGCUGAUAAAAAAUCAAGGAGUUAUGUACAGAGGCCUCAAGAAAUAUUGAAACAAUUUAAUUGCUUGAAUCUGGAACCAGGUGCAUCUUGGGAAACUAUCACUGGCCAUCCUCCCUUUAAUGAAUUGAGAGAGAACACUAGCCAAGUGCAAAAUGGCUCAGCUGAAAUAGGGCAAGGAACAUUCCAAGGAAGAGGUAGGGGCCAAGGGAGAAGGGGGCCAGGAAGAGGUAGGUGGCAAGAUAGAGGACAAGUAGAAAAUGGAGGGGAAGGACAGAGAUGGCAAGAUAACCAGGAUAGCAGACGACAGUCUGAUGGGAGAGAUUACAGUAGAGGUAGGGGCAGAGGAGGAGGGAUAGUGCAUAGCAGAGGAAGAGGGAUAGUGCAUAGCAGAGGAAGAGGGAGGUGCCAAUGGGGAAACAGUUGUGAGUAUGCCUGGGUACGAAAGGACUUGCAUGAUUGAAUAGGGUUAGACGUUGGUUUGAAUUUAAUUGCUGGUAUGUGCACUGGAGAGAGAAAGAAAGAGAGUUCAAAGAAGAGAAUUCCUGGCAAAACAAUACUGUGUUUGCUGUUCAUUUUGCUCUGUGUGGUCAUUGCGCAUUUGUCCUUCAAAAAUUUGUAAAUUAUAAGAUAUUUUAUGCAUUUUAGCUUCUUGAAAUUUUUUUUUAACUUAUAUUUAUAGUGCAUGUUGAUGCUUGUAUUAAACAUAUAUGGGAGACGAAUUGUUGACACAACUACUCUGACUAGAUAAUUGCGUGCACCGCCUUCUACAUUUUCAUGCCAAUGAAAAUAUCCUCAAUGUUAUCCUCAUUGAUGGAAGAUUAAAUCA